AUUGAAAAAAAAACCCCAUCAACCCAAAUCGAAGAGUCGUUGGUUGGCUAGACCAACCGUCCGGGAACACACUCAAAUACGGAGCACUACGUGUUUUAUGACCAAUCCAACCAAGCACCCCGUCCAAUCCUGAUCUGAUUCCCAACCAUUUCUGGCCGGAGCUUCACCUGAGAGCCAUGUACGGCGCUCUGAACCUAUCCCCAUCCCCAAUCCGACGGCCACUUUCAUCCCGGAAAGCAGUAUCAAACUACCGGAGAAAGAGAUUACUGUUUUAUUGUAACUCAUCCUCGGGAAACCCCAUGGGAUCCGGGUCAAGGGAGCCCAAAUUGGAGACUUCCCUUUCUGGGCCGUCCAAUUUCAAGGCACCGCAGCCCAAGCCUUUUAGGGUUAGGCGCGAUAAGCUCUUCGACGUUCUGGGAGCCUCUCUUGCUAUAUUACUUCGACUUGGCACUGGCGCUACUGUUUCUGGAUAUUCAGCCUCCUUUGUUGACAAGAAUGAGAUCCCGUCUGACCACUAUGCACUUGAAAUUGCUGGCUACAAGGUGAAAGAGACUUCAAAAUUGGGUCCUCGACCUGACAAGCCAAUUGAGAUAUAUGAAUAUGAAAGCUGUCCCUUUUGUCGGAAGGUUAGGGAAAUUGUUGCAAUUUUGGAUCUUGAUGUUUUGUUCUAUCCUUGCCCAAGAAAUGGCCAAAAUUUCCGUCAUAAGGUGGCUCAAAUGGGAGGAAAACAACAGUUUCCUUAUAUGGUUGAUCCGAACACUGGAGUUGCAAUGUAUGAAUCAGAUGAGAUAAUAAAGUACCUGGUUGAAAAUUAUGGUGAUGGGCAUGUCCCCCUUUCAUUGUCUCUUGGUCCGCUAACUACAUUCACAACAGGCUUAGCUAUGAUCGGAAGAAUGGGAAAGGGGUCUACCUAUACUCCAUCUAAACUUCCACCACAGCCUCUUGAAAUUUGGGCAUACGAGCCUUCCCCCUUUUGUAAAAUUGUGCGCGAAGUACUUGUUGAACUAGAGCUGCCUCAUUUACUUCACAGUUGUGCUCGUGGAAGCCCCAAACGUCAAGAGUUGUACCAGCGAGUUGGACACUUCCAGGUUCCAUAUUUGGAAGAUCCAAACACCGGUGUGCAGAUGUUUGAGAGUGCAGAGAUUGUUGAGUAUUUACGUGCAACUUAUGCUCUCUGAGGAAUACGUGCGGAUUGCUGUUUUCUCCCCUGCUGUAUAAUAUUCGCCGCGGCUCUAUGUGUUCAAAUUUUGCCAGCUUCGGGACCGGUUUUGGUGAGAUCCUUGAAGCAACUUCUCUAUGUAUUUUGCAUAGCAUGUGAAGCUUGAAGUUCCAUUUUACUGGAAAUUGUAUCCUUGGCCAGGUAAGCCUGUUUAAAGAUUAUUUGUAGUAACAUACUUCGUGUAAAAUAAACCAACAGAGAUCUGAUGAGUUUUGCUACUCUAUACUGUUUUGGCAAAUGCCCAUGCCUAUUUAUUUUGUUUCGUAAAAGUGAAGUGAAAGGUAGUAUAAAGUAUUUGGUUGUUG